AAGUGUGGUGUGUGUGGUGCUGUUUCUAACGAUUCAGUGUUACAGCUGGGAGUGAAAGUCGAAGAGAAAGGACUGUUGCUGUUCGUGUUUACGCUAUUGAAAAGAGUGAUUUUGCUGGAUUUAAGAGAUUUAUUCGAUCAAGAUCAUAAUAUAGAAGAUAUCUCUAAAAAAUAUAUCGGGAAAGAAAUAGUUCGGCGGGUGUUGUAUUUCAAGAAGGUCGUUGUGACAUUAGACGUGUCGUGCCUUUGUGCGUGCGUACGUGUAACGUCUUUCGAAUAUGGAGGUUUUACCAUGCCCUGUGAAUGUGGACUUUAGCAAUACAAGAGCUGGAACUGUGGCCGAAGAAUUUGACGGAGCUUGUCAAGCUCUAGCGAAACGACUGGAAGUUGAAUUGAGAAGGGCGAAGCACGCUCAAUUAGCGUGCGAGGAAGUUUUGCUACCUGCCGAUCUGUUGCCUAGAAUAGCAAAAAAUGUUCUUAGCAUGGCUGAGAAUGAACCAUGUGGUCUCAGAGGUUGCACCCUGUUCAUUAGCUUUGAAACAGACAGUGUGUGCCGAAAAUUAUCUAAAAUACAGUGCGAUCCAAACGCAGUAUCCACCUUUGAACUUUAUUUGACUUUGAAGCAAGAUCACACGUCUUGGCACAUCCUAUUACCUCAGUUCUUAAAAAAUCUUACACGAGGAGGUACCAUUAUGAUCAGUAGGGACUUCACUUUGGAAAAAAAGAAAUUGUACAGAUCGUAUCAGCAAACGCAGUGAACAAUUUCAACGUCCGGCAGUUGUUGGUGAAUUUUCUCGGUAAACGCGAUUAUUCCAAGCUCUACUGAUUUUACACAGGCCCCUGACGCAAUAUGUUCUUUAUUACUUUUCACGCAAAAUAAGCAGAUCGAUUUUUUCGAUGCGCGCGUAUAUUUCGCUUCGAUUAUUCAGCUCAACAUUGUUCAACGAUAUGGAACGGAAGUAUAGGAUGAUAAAAGGAAGAGAAAUGAGAAUUGAACGGA